AUGGACGGACUCAUGGACAACAACGGGCGCUUCCCACUCGAGACGUGGUUCUGGGAAAUGCCUGUAUGCACAAGAUGGUGGACAACAGCAACAGUGUUAUGCGCCGGCCUGGUGCAAUGUCACCUCUUAACACCCUUCCAGCUCUUCUACAGCUACAGAGCGGUAUUCGUAAAAGCUCAAUACUGGCGCCUCCUCACAACCUUCCUCUACUUUGGCCCCUUCUCCAUGGACCUCCUCUUCCACGUCUAUUUCCAACAGCGCUACUCCCGCCUCCUCGAAGAGUCCUCCGGCCGAUCACCGGCGCACUUUAGCUGGCUGCUGUUUUACGCGAUGAGCAGUUUGCUGUUACUAUCACCUUUUAUAGGGAUGCCCUUUCUCGGUCACCCGCUCUCGUCGACGCUGGUGUACAUCUGGUCGAGAAGAAACCCGGACACGCUGAUGAGCUUUCUGGGGGUGCUGGUGUUUAGGGCGCCGUAUCUGCCUUGGGUGUUGAUUGCCGUGAGCUAUGUGUUGCACGGCUUGAUCCCGAAGGAUGAGAUUUUGGGGGUGGUGAUUGGGCAUAUUUGGUACUUUUUUAAUGACGUGUACCCACCGCUGCAUAAUGGGAGCAAGCCGUUGGAUCCGCCGAUGUGGUGGAGGAGGUUGAUUGAGGGCCGCCCAAGAGAAGAAGAGACCAACGACGAGACUGCUAAUGGCGUGGAUAACGAGUUUGCUGUUGCUGGGGCUGGUCCGGAGGUGCCGGCGCCAGAUAUGCGAUGA